CGAUUGUCUACCUUAAUACCUUACCUGACCACGUACUUGCCUUAGUACCACAGCACUCCAGCCUGUCACAUACAACGAAGAAAACUGCGAUCAGACAGCGGACGACCCUACAUCACCGUCCGCCGCCGACAUGGCGAGCAACACCGUCCCCCAGAACCCCACCUCCCACAAUGUCGCCUCCCUCCUCAGCAAACUACAGGACGCCGACAGCGAUAUCCGCUAUAUGACCCUCAACGACCUGAAUCAGAUGUUGAUCAAUGGCCACCAGACCUUCCUCCAGCACGAUUAUAACACAUGCGCCAAGGUAGUGGAGGGUCUGCUGCAUACGCUGAAUGACAGUCACGGAGAGGUACAAAAUAUGGCCAUCAAGGUGCUGGGCCCAUUUGUAAACAAGGUACCAGAGCCCAUAUUAUGCCCGACGAUUGAGAAGGUCAGCAACAUCAAGACGGACAACUCCAUAGACAAUUCCAUCCCGGCAAUCGCUGUUCGAGCCAUCGUGGUUGCCCUUCCCCACCCAUCACCGGGCCUGCCACGAAGCCAGAAGGUCAACGAGGCUUACAACGCGGUCAGCAAGGCGCUGAUACCGCGUCUUGUUGGCCGUGUGGUCAUCCCUUUGCCCAAGCCAGGACCGCCGCCUCCUAAGGGCAUGUUGCAGUAUGACCUGGAGACUGGCAAUGACUCCAACAGUCUCGACCUUCUCCACGCUGUUGCGGUAAACUUUGGGCCGAUGCUACAAAUGGUGGAAGUGGAGGCGCUUGAACAAGUGACCAUGUCCAUUGUUGAAAGCGAAAAGUGCGGUACCGUGAUGAAGAAGAAGGCAGUCGCGGCGCUGUCUGCUCUGGCCCCAUACUUCGACGACCGACUCCUUGCGAAUCACAUCAGCUACACUAUCGAGCAGCUCCGACAGUCCCAUCUCACAAGCCAACAGCGAAGACUGUUCAUCAACGUGUAUGGCAGCUUGGCGCGCAGCAUACCGAAGCAGUUUGGUCCAUAUCUAAGGACACUCGCUCCGUUUGUGCUUGCCCCUUUGAGCCAGGAAGAGCUAGAACAGCAGCGCGAAGCUGAAGCUGAAUCAGAUGGAGAGCGAGAUGUACAAUUGGAGGAAGUGCGCGAGUCUGCUCUAGUCGCCAUUGCAGCCUUCCUUGAAUCCUGCCCGGCAGACAUGCGCCCCUACACAAAAGACGUCGCAGAAGCAGCGACGCGUUUUCUCAAGUAUGAGCCGAACGUGCUAGAUGAUGACGACGAGGACAUGGACGAGGAGGAAGAAGAGACAGCCGACGACUUCGAUGCGGAUGAGGACUUCGAGGAAGAGGCUGGCUUUGAAGACGAGGACGACGUGAGCUGGAAGGUCCGACGCGACUCGGCAAAGACACUGUAUGCGCUGAUUGGUAUGCUCGACCCGAAGGAGCCUUCGAUCUACGGUCAAAUUGCGCCGGCGCUCAUCAACCGCUUCAAGGAGCGAGAGGAGAGCGUUCGGACAGAAGUGAUCAAAACUCUGGCCUUUCUCAUCACGAAGACCGGCGCCUCCGCCGCACCUUCCACGCCAGACUCAACCUCAUUAAGCAGGAAGCGGAGGCGAGGCUUCUCGGAUUCCCUCGGCUCCGAUUUGGAAACUCAGCAGGCACUGAUGAACGGCUACGCCUCGCCGUCAACACUAGCACCCACAGAUGCGACGAAAAGUUUGGCUAAGAUUAACCCUGAAAUCGUCAAGGGCGCAUCAAAGCUGUUCAAAUCUUCGACUCCUGCCACGAAGCAGGCGCUUAUUUCCCUGCUGAAAGACAUGGUAAUAGCACAGCAUGGAGGCCUUUCGGAUAGUGCAGAUCUUGUCAUUGCUCCCGUAGUGGACAUCAUCAACACCGCCGCCUCCUCAGGCUCGAACCUUUCCAACAAUGCCGUCAGGAUUGAGGCUCUGGUGUUGCUCCGAGCUAUUGCUGAGACUCACCCCACCAAAGUGAUCCAACCGCAUCUUGAUAUCAUCAUUCCGGCUGUCAUCAAAUCUGCAACGGACCGCCUCGCCAAGGUCUCGGGGGAGGCAUUCACAACGAUAGAGGCCUACAUCAAGGCUCUUACCCCACCACGAUCGUCUUUGGCGAACAAUGGUGAUGUGUUGACCAAACUGUUUGGAAUCAUCACCAACCGUAUCACUGCGCCAGAGUCCGAUACUGAAGUGCGUCAGAAGGCCGUUCAGGCGCUUGGCUUGCUGAUUGGUCGUACGAGUGGCGCCGCAACAGCUCUACUAUCAGAAAAGGACCGUUUCGCUGGUCAAGAAAUCAUCGCAGAGCGCAUGAAGAAUGAGCUUACGCGCUUGACAUGCGUCCGCGCGAUAGACACGAUGGCAGUGCUGGCUCAAUCGCCCACGGAUUUCAAGCCUGGAUUCGUGGGUGCCGUGGCACUCGAGCUGGGUGCUCAACUUCGCAAGUCAAGUCGUUCCCUGCGAGGGGCCAGUCUCAGCGCCCUCCGCAUGCUCGCUGUCAACCAAGCUUCUAGAGAGAGCAUUGUCGAUGACGCGAUAGUGGUAAAGCUCAUCGAUAUGUUCAUUCCCCUUCUCAUGUCAGGCGAUCUGCACAUGAUUGGUCCGGCUUUGAUCGUCCUGGCCUCCUUUACCAAGGGACGGCCGGAGGCUGUCGCUACAGAUGCUGUCAUCGCCGGCAUCUGCAGCAUCGUUCGCUCGCCGCUGUCGGGGUCUGCUCUCGACGCUCUCAUCGCUUGUGUCGAGUCCAUUGGGGAAGCUGGUGUAGGGCGUCAACUCAUGACCGCAUUACUCGACAUCGCACCUGCUGGAGAUACCGAUGUCACUGGUCAAGUAAUUGGCACUUUGUUGGUUUCAGGCGGCGAUAGCGUGGGCGUCAAGCUCGAUUCCUUCAUUCAGGAGCUACGGACCCAGACUGAUGAGGCGAAGAGAUGUCUCGCUCUGUCUGUUCUUGGAGAGGCUGGCCUGCGUCAAAGCACCCAAUCCGCUCUCAAACCCGAGUCCUUCACUCCAUACUUUGCAGAUCAGUCCGAGAAAGUGAAGCUAGCCGCUGCUGUAGCACUUGGCCGCGCUGGAGCUGGCAACGUGAAAAGUUACCUACCCAAGAUCCUUGAUGGUAUGGCACAGGGUCGACAGUACCUCUUGCUCCACUCAGUCAAGGAGCUUUUACAGCACAGCACUGCAGAAGAUGAGAUACGACCAUACACGAAGAGUCUGUGGGAGAACAUCAUCAAUUCUGGUCAAGCCGAGGACAACAAAGUCGUUGGCGCAGAGUGCGUUGGACGCUUAGCCAUUAUCGAUCCAACUGCGUAUCUGCCCCAGCUUCAUACCUUCCUGCAGAACCCCAACUCAACCGUUCGGGGUAUGGUCAUUGCCGCAUUACGCUACGUUUUCUCUGACACAGAGCCUAGCUACAACCCUCACCUGCAGGCAACAAUCAUUCCUCUGCUGUCGACUAUGUUGCGAGACACCGAUCUCGACAAUCAACGGUUGUCGCUGACAACUUUCAAUUCCGCCCUGCACAAUAAGCCUGCCCUGGUCCUUCCUCAUCUUGGUGAACUGCUCCCAUACGCCAUCCAGGCCUCAGUAAUCCGUCCAGAGCUGAUUCGCGAGGUUUCGAUGGGACCUUUCAAGCACAAGAUCGAUGAUGGCCUGGAGAUACGCAAGUCUGCGUACGAGACACUUUACGCUUUGCUGGACUCUCCAGCUUCUCGCGAGCGUCUCGACAUUUCAGCUUACUACGAGCGUAUCGUUGCCGGUGUGGUCGACGAGCACGAGAUUCGAAUCCUCUGCUGCCUCGUGCUUGGCAAAUUGCUCACUAUUGCUCCGCAUGAGAGCGCUCGUCGCUUAGACUCUCUGGCUGCACAGUUUCGUGCAGUCCUCUCGUUCAAGCCCAAGGAGAAUGCUGUCAAGCAGGAACUUGAGAAGAUCACAGAGCAACAGAAGGCUGUUGUCAAGGUGAGCGUGGCUUUUAACAAGGCUUUCGGAGAGGGUAUUGGACAAGAAUCUCGUGUGUGGAAGGAAUACUUUGAUUAUGCCAAGAGGGACUUUGCUCCGGCUGUCAAGUUUGCAGAAGAUGAGAGUAGAAACGCCUCAUCCUAGCAGAGUGCGAGACCGAACACGACACUUGGAGCGCCAGGAUGGCUCCUCGUCUUGGACUGAAAUGGCAGAGGAUGUAGUGGUCGGUCCGGGCCAUGUGUGGUGAGCAUGUGAAGAUGCUUGCCAGAACGGUAAAGUCCAGUACGUGACUGGCCUCCGGGCGGCAGAGAACAACGAUGUAGCUUCACGAAUUCUAAGCCAUGACUACUCUGUCGGAGCUGACAUGGUCAUAGUCUCCUCUCUAGCAGAAAGUUCACGGCAAUUUUCUCUAUAAUGGUAGCAACUUUCCGGGGCUCUUAUCGCAUGUGGAGGCCCAUUGCUGCUCAUCGAGCUAUAUUGCCAAUUCCAACAUGGAUACCGAUUAUUAGAUCCCAGCUGGAGCAGUGUGGAGUAAGUGUUCACAUUCGUAUAAACAGUGAUACAGCUAGAACGGAUAUAAAGGUGCUAUCUACCAUGACACGCUACCAUGUCAGAAUGGGCUUGAUGGUCUCUCCCGAGUGCAUCUCAUGCAGAGCCUGAUCGAAUUGAUCGGCAGGCAUCAACUUCAUCAACUUAUCAAUGGGGAAUUUCCCUUCCCGAUACCACUGAAUCAUCUGCGGCACAUACUUGGGUGGGUAGGCACCACCUUCGACCGCUCCAAUCCACUGUUUCCCGGCCACCAUGAACGCAAAGCCUUGCACACUGUUCAAAGUGUAAUCAAAUGGCGGAGAUCCCACUUGAAUAUACUUGCCCCGAUUCCUCGUAAACUGCAUUCCCGCAUCCAUCAACACGGGCGCUCCCGUCGUGUCAAUCGUAAUCGACGGUCCCACUCCAUCCGCAAGUUCCUUGAUCACAUCUCCCAACGUCUUUCCCUCAUCCAACUUUGACCCGUCAAUCACAUGUGUCGCACCCAAUUCCUUGGCCAGCUUCAGUCGUGAUUCGACUCGGUCCACUCCGAUAAUCAUUCUGCAGCCUUGGAUCUUCGCGCCCAUGAUGGCCGACAGUCCGACACCUCCGAGUCCCAUGACACACAGUGCAUCGUUGGGUCCUGCACCGGAGACGUUCACGACGGUUCCACUGCCCGUUUGAAUACCGCAGCCGAGCGGGGAGAAGAGUUGCAAGUCGCGUUUUUCUGUCACGAGGCCUUUGACGUUGACGACGGAGGAGGAUUUCACAAUGGAGAAGUUGGCGAAGGAGGAUUGGCCGAAGAAUUGUCCGAGGAUUUCGGAUCCUCCUCCUGACGACUCUUUGCCCUCGGCGGCGUGGAAGGCGGUGUGGGGGCCGAAGUUGAGGGGGGUGAAGUGAUCGCAGUGGGAGUGGCCGCCGGUUUUGCAGAUUUCACACUUAUCGCAGAAGGCGAAGGAGAGGAGGACGGGAUCGCCUUCGGCUGCGACGGUGACGCCUGGUCCGACUUUUCGAACGUAGCCAGAGCCUUCGUGACCCAGCACACGCGGGUACAUGGCCAUGGGGUUUCCAUCAUUGGCAAGACCACCGAUCAAUACAUCUGUAUGGCAAACACCAGAAGCGACCAUUUCCACGAGAAGCUCGCCUUCUUGCGGUUCUCUAACCUUGAUAUCCUCCAGCUUCCAUCCUUUGUUUGCGUAUGUGUCGUGACACACGAUCGCUUGUGUGGACGUCAUCUUUGCCUUUGGAUUCUCGCCCGAUAGAUAGACAGACAGACAAUCUUCUUAUAAACAAUGAGAUGGCACCAGUGAAUGAUGGGUGGGGAGAAGAAGGCAAUCAAUGGAAGAAGAAGAUCAGAAGGAGGAGGGAACGAGGAGUAGGAGGAAGAACAAAGAGACGGUGCUCUGGGUCUGAUAUAUAAUCACACCACGAGCAGCAGCUUGCUUCUCCUUUAAUAAUAAAGUGCACUGGUCUGCUCCGCUUCGUGGAGAACUCUAGCAAGGGUCGACAGGGCCAGGAAGCCGCAGCACAUGUGAGCUCGCAUUCAAAAGAAAGCUCUCCAGGGCUAAGCUAGCAAUCUCUAGUGUAUGUUUGGUCCACCAUUCCGGAUCGAGCUGGCCCUUCCUGAGGAGGAGGAGGCGGAGGAGGAGGAUGGGGAGGACAGAGAGAGAGACAAGAAGUCAUCUGGACCGAUCCAAUCCAUCAGUGUGUGUGUUACCUCCUCCCGAUGAAUGAGGCUUUUCGGCGCGGCUGAGAGGAGUGGCGGAGACUCGCCCGGCUGUGGAUAUAGGCAGAUGUUUUGGCUGGUAAUGACGGUAUACCA